GUCAUGCAGUAGUGAAACAAUAGUAAAGACUACAUAGCACCGGAAACAUAAUGACUGCCAAGAAUACUGCCCCACAGGCUUCGGAAGCAGUGGAGGCCAUCGGCAACAACGAGGGAUGUGAUAAGGUUGUACUGAAACGCAAAAUCACACUAAUCAAUGGAGUUGGCAUCAUCGUGGGAACAAUUAUCGGUUCUGGUAUCUUCAUUUCUCCGACUGGAGUCUUUGUGUUUACAAGGUCAGUCGGCUCCUCCUUGGUCAUCUGGACGCUGAGCGGUAUCCUGUCGACGCUCGGUGCCCUUUGCUAUGCUGAACUCGGCACAUGUAUCACACGCUCCGGUGGAGACUACGCGUAUUUGCUGGUUGCUUUCGGGCCACUUGUUGGAUUCCUACGGCUCUGGAUGGCACUGCUUAUUAUACGCCCAACGACACAGGCUAUCGUCGCAUUAACCUUCGCACAGUACGCGGUCAGACCGUUUUUCGAAGAUUGUGAUGCCCCAGAGAGUGCGGUGCGACUGUUGGCAGCCGUUUGUCUCUGCUUCCUUACGGCCAUCAACUGCAUUUCCACCAAAUGGGCGAUGAAGAUACAGGAUGUUUUUACCAUCGCCAAACUUACCGCACUCGUGUCCAUCAUUCUGGCCGGCAUGUACUUCAUGGCAACGGAAUCGCUCGACAACUUCCAGAACCCCUGGGAGGGAGAUUACGCGCUUUCCAGUCUUGCGUACGCUUUCUACUCCGGCCUGUUCGCGUUCGGCGGAUGGAACUAUCUGAACUUUGUUACGGAAGAGCUGGAAAAUCCUUACAAAAAUCUUCCUCGGGCGAUAUGGAUCGCAAUGCCUAUGGUCACCGGUAUCUACGUUUUCGUCAACAUGGCCUACUUUGCGGUGGUCUCGCGACAAGAGAUGCUGGCCUCGAUUGCCGUAGCAGUUUCGUUCGGCAAUCGGAUGUUCGGUUCCGUUGCCUGGUUGAUACCGAUCUUCGUCGCGCUCAGUACGUUUGGCGGUGUGAACGGUAUUCUGUUCACGUCCGCCCGCUUGUUUUCUACCGGCGCCCAGGAAGGGCACCUUCCGGCCUGGUUCUCGCUGGUACACGUUGACCGACAAACACCGAUUCCGGCGCUUAUAUUCACCUGCAUCACUUCCAUCAUAAUGCUCCUUUCGGCCAACGUCUUCGUGUUGAUAAACUAUUUCAGCCAAAUCUUAUGGCUUUCCGUUGCUGCCAGUAUCGCCGGAUUGCUGUGGUUGAGGGUUUCAAAACCCAACAUGCCACGACCGAUUAAAGUGAAUUUAGCCCUCCCAAUAACGUUCCUCGUCUGCUGUUUAGGUUUGGUGCUGCUGCCAUCGUUUACCGAACCAUUCAAUUUACUUGUUGGGCUUGCAAUCACUUUAUCCGGAGUUCCCGUCUACUACGUGUGCAUCGUGUGGCGUAGCAACAAACAAACGAAAAACGUGAUCAUGCACUGGAUCGAGCGUGGCUGUCAGAUACUGUUCAAUGCAGCCUUCGUAGACUGUCACCACGAUCGAAAGCGGGAAAGAGAAUUUUCCGAAAUGCAAACGAGCAUCGAAGAUAAAAGCGUUAGUCACUAACUCGUUACCUGGCAUUUGGA